UCUCCAUUGUAUCAGUGUGAGGGAUGCUGUUGAGAGAUGCUCCCCAUCACUUUCUAUCCCUCUGUCACUCCUGAGGUUGAGGCAUUGAAGGCAUCUAUUAAAAUGCAGUUCAGUUACUUGAUUGGGAUCACAGCUAUUAUUAACAUGAAUUUUGUUUUUCAGACAAGGUAACAGCAGGGACAUUUAUAGUUUUCUACCAGUGCUUCCUUGCCCAACCCCUAGAGAUGCUUAGAGUAGCCAUUAGCUCUUUCCUCCUUUUCAUUUAUAUCGUGAAGUGUCUUUUGUCUCCAUUUCAACAGAUUAACCCCAUUGCUAAUGAGCAUUCUUUUUUUUUUGCCUACUUUAUACCCUCCUAAGCUAUUUCCCUACCUCUUCUGUUUGCAACCCACUGCGCUUGUAGUCCCUAGUAGCUAAUUAAAACAGGGUAUUACUUUAAUUCACUUCCCUAUAAAUAGAACUAGUCUUCCUCCAACAUCUUGUUUUCAAGCCUUUCAGUAGAACCUACUCCUUUCACUUGUUCAGCCUAAAAGCAUAGUGUGUAUUCUGCUUGGGUCCUUCAUUUCUGUCUCAGUACAAACUAUAUUGAUGGCUACCUCCAUAUGAUUGUGUAUGUUUGCACAUCUGUCUUUAUGCAUCCUAUUCACCCAUCCCAGAUAUCUUCCUUACCUGCUCCUACCCAGAUUCCAUCUGCUCACUAUUGACACCCAAUUUAAAUUCUCUCACUUCCAAUAGCCUUUCCAAAGUAUUCAAACGCAUGCCUAUUGUUUUCUUGCUCUUAUAGAUUGGUAUACAGUUUAACACUUAUUUUUUUUCUAACAAAAUAAUUAAUUUCUUCUACCAGAUGAUUGUCCAGGGAAGAUAGGUAGACUGACAAAUAUUGUCCAUGUUAGAAUAUAUUUCUGUGAAUUUUUUUGAGACAGGGUCUCACUAUGUAGAACAGGCUGACCUCAGAUGAACAGAGAUCUAUCUGCUUCUGCCUCUCAGGUGCUGGAUUCAAAAACAUCCAUCACCACACCAGGAUGUGAUUUUUACAAGCUUGACCAAUUAUAUUCAUAGCACAUUGCAGGUUGAGUAUUUAGUAUGCCUUUAACACACAGCUUUAGGCUCCCUAUUGCUAUCUUCCGAACAUGAGAAUGUUCUGAACGUGUCUAAUAUCUAAUCUUUCUUAAAGGAGAAACCAAGAAGGUCACCCAGAAUUUCCUGACCAGACUUUGAACAUCAGAAAAGUUCCACUUUAAGCCAUGAGAUGUCUGGUCUGAACUGGAAACCUUUUGUGUAUGGCGGCCUUGCCUCUAUUGUUGCCGAGUUCGGCACUUUCCCUGUGGACCUUACUAAAACACGGCUGCAAGUCCAAGGCCAGAGCAUUGAUGUCCGUUUCAAAGAAAUAAAAUAUAGAGGGAUGUUUCAUGCCUUGUUCCGAAUUUAUAAAGAAGAAGGGAUCUUGGCUCUGUAUUCAGGAAUUGCCCCUGCUUUACUAAGACAGGCAUCAUAUGGCACCAUCAAAAUUGGUAUUUACCAAAGCUUGAAGCGGUUAUUUGUAGAACGUUUGGAAGAUGAAACUCUCCUAAUUAAUAUGAUCUGUGGGGUAGUGUCAGGAGUGAUUUCAUCUACUAUAGCCAAUCCCACCGAUGUUCUAAAGAUUCGGAUGCAGGCUCAAGGAAGUUUGUUCCAAGGGAGCAUGAUUGGCAGCUUCAUCGAUAUAUACCAGCAAGAAGGUACCAGGGGGCUGUGGAGAGGUGUGGUCCCAACUGCUCAGCGUGCCGCCAUCGUCGUGGGAGUGGAGUUGCCAGUUUAUGACAUUACCAAGAAGCACCUGAUACUGUCGGGAAUGCUGGGAGACACCAUUUUAACACACUUUGUUUCUAGCUUUACCUGUGGUUUGGCUGGGGCUCUGGCAUCUAACCCAGUUGACGUUGUGAGAACGCGAAUGAUGAAUCAGAGGGCAAUAGUGGGCCAUGUGGACCUCUACAAGGGUACUUUGGAUGGUAUUUUAAAGAUGUGGAAACAUGAAGGCUUUUUUGCCCUCUAUAAAGGAUUUUGGCCAAACUGGCUUCGACUUGGACCCUGGAACAUCAUUUUUUUUAUUACAUAUGAGCAGCUCAAGAGGCUUCAGAUCUAAGAACUGAACAUCUGUGAGCCCAGCCCUGCCGCCCUUUCUACUGUUCUCCUUUGUGUUCCUAAUGUAUUUUGACAAAGAUGUAUGUGUUUACAGAACCAGUGGUCUCCCAAGGGCCCUCUAAUGGAAGACUAGUAGGAUGACUUAAGGUUGUUGAUGCAUUUGUGUUACCUCUUCCCUAAGAGGAAGUAUUAACAUUGCGAGUGUGACCCCAGAUUGGUGUCUUCUGUGAAGAUGGAUACUGAUGGGUGACAUUCCAAAGGGCCUUCUUUUCAAAUGUGGGUUAAAUGUAGUUGGUUAUCCCCAGAUAGGCUACAGCAGAAGGCUACCAGCACAGUUACUGCUAUCUAUGUUAUAGACCUUGGUUCUCAUUAAACUAUUUAUUGGCUGAA